AUGGAGAACGGAACUUCGACUAUUAAUCAUGUUUUUCAACAAUGGAUUCAACUUGACUCCAUUGUUUUGUCAUGGAUACAAGCCACAAUCUCUCAAGAGAUACUUCAGGCUAUUAUUCAUCCUAACAACAGUCUUACUGUUGGCAAGGCGUGGCUACAGAUUGAACGUCUUUUUCGUGAUCAUGCUAAUCUUGUUCUCCAAGUUGUUUUUAGCCUACCUUUCGAAUCUCUCUCUGUUAGCACUUCAAUCUCCACCAGAAUUCCACUUCCUUCUUUUCUUGAGACCAUAUCUCUUUUAUUUCUUCAUGAGACCCAAUUAAAUGGUAUUUCCUAUGCCGCGUUAGAUUCUUCUACUGCUUUACUAGCUAACCAUAAUUCAUCUUCUCAAGGACGUGGACGUGGAAGAAAUUCUAAUGGUGGUCGAUAUGGUAAUGGUGAUCGUGGUAGAGGCCAACAACAACAAUAA